GUUUUGAAAGCUCGCAAUUGUUUCACCAAUGAGGAUGUGGCCAUAAAAGUUAUAAAGAAUAAGCGUGCUUUCACUAUCCAAGCUCAAGUGGAAAUCCGUUUAUUGCGUGAGAUGAAUCGCUACUUGGAAGAGGCUGAAGCCUCUGGAGAACACCCCCUCUUGGAGCAAACUAUAUUGCUACUGUCCUACAACCUUUACGAUUUGUUGCGCAACACCAAUUUUCGUGGCGUCUCUCUCAAUCUGACGCGAAAAUUCGCGCAACAAUUAUGCCACGCCUUGGAACUUCUUUCUCGUCCAGAACUUCGCAUAAUUCAUUGCGACUUGAAACCCGAGAACAUUUUACUUGUCAAUCCCAAGAGAUCGACCAUCAAACUUGUCGAUUUUGGUAGUUCAUGUCACGUGAAAGAGAAAGUAUACCAAUACAUACAAUCUCGAUUUUAUCGAUCUCCCGAUGUCCUUCUGGGUCUGGAUUACACCAUGAGCAUCGAUAUGUGGUCCCUCGGCUGCAUACUGGUCGAGCUACACACCGGCGAGCCUUUGUUUGCCGGUCAGAAUGAGGUGAGUCUACUCUCCAUGAGCUCCCCCAACCUGACUGAACGCUUUCUUUCGUAG